AACGAAAAGGCUCACAAGGGCGACUGGACAUUCAAAUUUAAUUGGUCUUUCCUCUGGAGGUGUGGUUAUAUUUGAAUUAUGUGUUCUUAUUGGCUGGUCGAGUGACAGCUACGUUUUAGACACGCCCCUUCUGUCUAGGUUAAGUUUUCUCACCAAACAACUAGGAGGUCUACGAACAUAUCGUUGUAAACUUAAAAAUGUAUUAAUUUUUCGAUCUUUACCACGUGCUUGGAUUUAGUUGCUAUAAAUUUCCCCGUUGUUUGUAAAAGACGGAGCCAAGAGGAGGAUCGCUGGGAAUUCUGAGGAGUUUGAGUUUGUCAAGAAGUUAGUUUUACACCUAUUUCAGUUGACGAGUCUGACAGGCAGUCAAGGAGGAAAGGAGAUCCGCACGCGCAGAGAGCUCCGGAAGAGUGUCCAGGACAAAACACACAAUACACACAAACACAGUUCCCAAACCCACUGCUGCGGAAAGCCAGAGCCUGUGACUAAAAUAUCGGUGUGGAAGAGCCUAACUGUUGUUCUCACACCAGACAUCAUCGGAGAGACUUCAUAAGUGCUAGUGAAAUGUUCCCCUUUUUUGCACUCUGUCCUGGGAUUCUGUUCAUUUUUCUUGUUUGAUGGACUACUUUCUGGAUUUGGCUUGGAUCGGAUAAUGCUCUUCGAUGGCUGUGAGCAGUGCAUUGGUUAGCAUGCAGAAUGAGGACCAAACCUUUCAUGUUCACUACAGGAUGGAGGCAUCCUGUUUGGACUUAGCUCUGGAGGGGGAGCGGCUGUGUAAGGUGGGGGAUUACAGCGCUGGCGUUUCUUUCUUUGAGGCCGCCAUGCAUGUUGGUACGGAAGACCUGCAGGUUCUGAGUGCCAUCUACAGUCAACUGGGCAAUGCCUACUUCCAUCUGCAUGACUACAGCAAAACUCUGGAGUUCCACCACCAUGAUCUCACUCUAACUAGGACCACCGGGGAUCGGCUUGGUGAGGCCAAAGCCAGCGGUAACCUGGGGAACACAUUAAAGUUUUUGGGGCGCUUUGAUGAAGCGAUAGUGUGCUGCCAGAGGCAUUUAGAUAUCACCAGGGAACUAGGCGACAAGGUCGGACAGGCCCGAGCACUUUAUAAUUUUGGAAAUGUGUACCACGCCAAGGGGAAGAGCAUCUGCUGGAGCGGAGCAGAGCCUGGAGACUUCCCUGAGGAAGUUAUGACAGCACUUAGAAAAGCCGCUGAAUACUACGAGGCAAGCCUGUGUAUUGUGAAGGAGCUCGGAGACAGAGCAGCACAGGGGAGAACUUAUGGGAACCUGGGCAACACAUACUACCUUAUAGGAAACUUCCAGAAUGCAGUGGCUUCCCACAAACAGGUGAGUGUUCUGUGUCAUGAAACAGAUGUGGUAGUCAACAGUGUAAAGGCGCGAUCACAUUUACCUUUGCACUGUGAAAUUUCGCAGGCGAAGAAGGCAUGGGCGGAUAUAGAGCGUGUGUGAAACCAGCAAAAAAUGAAUUGCCAAGCACCUCUUUUUAAUGCUGCACUUUAUACUCUGGGAGUGAAGUUACAAAGAAACUCGCUGCUAAAAUUUAUUUCCUGUCUAUUGUGAAUAUUCAGUGAAGCUAUGUACUAAGCACCGCCCACACAGAGGUCACUGCCAAACCAAGCAACUUUCUAUUGGUCAAAGCAGCAAAUUUGCCUGUGAGUUCACAAACUUGAACUCCACACGAAAUCCAUGAGGGGAAAUUCUUCACCACCGGAAGUCCAUCAUGUGAAUUUCACAAUCUCUUGGAU